GAAGAGUCAACGGCAUCAUGCAGAGCAUUUUUCUCGUUCCUCUGAUCUUCUCCCUUUUCUGGAUCAGCGGCAAGGCGGCUGUCAAGCGUCGCCCAGACGGUCGAAUCGUCAAUGGUCGGGAGGCUCGUGAGGGAGAGUUUCCCUACCAGCUGUCCCUGCGCCGCCUGACCGUCCACAUCUGCGGUGCUUCAGUGCUCGACGGCAGUUGGGCAAUAACCGCCGCCCAUUGCGUGGAUGGCCAUGAGAGACAGCCCCAUGAGUUCACUCUGCGACUGGGGAGCGUGAAGCGGUCGAGCGGUGGAAGUAUAAUGACGGUCCGGACGAUCUAUAAGCAUCCCUCUUACGAUACAACCGACAUGAACUUUGAUGUGGCACUGCUACGCACUCAAGCCGGAGCUUUGACCUUGGAUCCCAAUGUGGCGCCCAUUAAAUUGCCAGAGGCUGGCGAAGCUAUACAAGAGAAUAUAUCCGCUAUUGUUUCCGGCUGGGGACACAUGAGCAGCACCGAGCCAAUGCUAUCUUCAGUGCUCAAGUACACGACAGUUAUGACUGUUAAUCAGCAGAAAUGUCAGAACGAUUUGAGUUUUCACGGCGGUGUCAGUGAGGCCAUGUUCUGUGCUGCCGCACGUAACACAGACGCUUGCCAGGGCGACAGCGGUGGUCCACUUACCGUACAAGGAAGAUUGAUUGGCAUCGUAUCCUGGGGCGUUGGCUGUGCAGAUCCAUAUUAUCCUGGUGUUUAUACCCGCUUAUCGCAUCCAUCCAUUAGACGUUGGGUACGCUUGCUCACAAAAUUAUAAAAUAAUAUGAUUCAUCUUAACUGCUAGUUAAUGAUAAUAAACAAAUAAUAUUGCACGUUAAAGUCAA